AUAAAAGACUUUUUGAUUCAAUAUGCUGAAGAAUUGGGAUUUAAAAAAAAAAAAUCAAUUUGUACAUAAUCCUUAUGCAGUUAGAUAAAAAGAGGGGGAAGGAAAAAGAGAAAAAAACAGAUUCCUACCCUGAAGAUCGUACUAUUCCAUUAUGAACAUACAAAGGGGAACAGAUUAGGAAAAUCCUGAAAAGAUCCCAACUCCCUUCUCCACAGCACGUAGGGCAGGAACCGUGAGAACUAAAGCUAUAGGAAAUUCUGGAAAACCACAAUUUUCUUUCGAGGAGAAGGGCGAUUCCUGGACUGUUGUGUAUAGGUAUGCCAAGUUCUUUCGUUGUUAAAGGUGUAAAUUUCCUGUUUUGGGCAUUAAUGGAAGGUGGGUUUGUCAAGGUUCGUAUCUUUAGAAGGCAAACUAAUGCCCAGAGGGCUCAUAAUAUACAUAUGCGUGUGUGUGUGUGUGUCUAUGUGUUGUAUAUGUUUGAUGCGUGGUGAGGAGAGAGUCAAGGAGAGAGCAGCAGCUCAAAUACAGAAGAAAAAGGAAAUGAAAGAUGAAGAAGAGAGGAGAGGGAGGACAGUUAAUCUGUAUCGUUUACGAAAUCGUGCCUGCGAGUACCCAAAAACAAGGAGGGAAAAUAAUAAUAGACCAAAAUAAAAAAAAAGGGUUGGAAAAAUGAAAAAAAAUUUGAAACCAUUUAUAUAUUCCAAAAACAGCAGAGAAAUUCAAGGGAAGGUGGUGGAUGCAGAAUUGGAGCCACCAACAAUCUCCCCAUUUCUCUUUUUAUUUAAUUUUUUUUUCAAAUUCGUCUUUUUUGUUGGGGUCUCCCUCUCCAACCCCAACCCCCUAAAACUUAGGCCCCCUCAAUUUGUUGCCAGAAUCCCUCCUCCUUGCACAAACCCCAAGUUCUUGGAUUUUCUUUUGUCUGCAGAGGUUGCCUUGUCCCAUUUCUUGCUUGUUUGUUGGCUUUCUUAAUCUUGCAUUAAUUCUAGGCCUUGAUCGUCUCAGCUAGGGUCGCGAUAUCAAUCUGCCGGCUCUAUUCUUGCCUUGGUCGAUAUCAGGUUUGCUUAGGAUCAUAGGUUUUACUUAUUGCUUGCGUCACGGUUUGGUUUUUAGGAAAGGGGGAGGGAAGAUAUUGGAUCAUUCCUGGAUUUAGGAGUGAAGAAAGUAUAGCGAAAGGGGGAGCAUUGUGAAAGGGAAUAGGAAAUAAUGUCGAGCUCGAAUUCGACCAAUUCUUCGAGUUCGAACUCGAAUUCGACCAAUUCCUCGAUGUCGAACUCCACGAGCUUGGAUUUCCAUAAAUUUGCUGCGAACUCCGAUAGCGUUCCCUCGCCACCGGGUAAUUCGACCCCCUCCACUGACCAGACCCCACCACCGAGCAACAGUACCUCGCCCCCCUCAUCUUCACCGCCGAGCUCACCGCCUCCGAGUUCAGCAUCUCCUCCUGCAGCAAGUGCUAGUCCGCCGCCGCCCGCCAAGUCUAGUCCCCCUCCAUCACCUCCUGCAGAAUCGAUGCUGCCCUCAUCGCCACCACCAUCAUCACCGCCACCUUCAAAUUUGCCACCACCUUCACCACCACCAUCACCUUCCGCCUCUCCAUCCCAAGCUUCCCCUCCGGCUUCAAGUUCGUCGACAUCAUCUCCGCCGCCCUCAGGGAAGGGCUCUCCUCCUUCCUCUUCGUCUUCCCCUGCUAGUCCCCCACCCCUUUCACAAGAAUUCAAAGCUCCACCGCCUCCUUUAACCCCUCCACCACCUGGCUCCACUGCCAGCUUGAGUAGCAAUUCCCCUGCGCCAUCUCGGAAUGCCACCUCGGGAUCUAGAACAUCUCCAACCUCGAAUCAAACAUCACAAUCAACUCCCACCUCUUCAUCAUCUUCCUCAGGCAGCUCUAGCUCUUCAGGAGGAUCCAACUCGUCAACGACUGAGAGUACGUCAACAGGAACCGUUGUUGGUGCAGCGGUAGGUGGUGUGUUAGUUAUAGCGUUGAUUGCUCUGGUGUUCGUGCUUGUACGGAAGAGAAAGAGGAAGGGUGGCAGUUCGAAGACCCAGUAUGCGCCACCACCCAACUUUGCUGUGAAAGCAGAUGGAGCUUACUACGGGCAGAACGGACUGAAUGUGGGCUUUUCCAGUCAAUCGAGUCACUCCUACUAUGGUUCACAGGGCCCACACUCGGGGACGUGGAACAGCUAUGGGAGUUCCAGGGGGGCACAUGGAUACCACGGUGGAGGGCUACAAGAUCAGUCAGGCAUGAUAGGAGGCUCAAAGAGUGUUUUUACCUAUGAAGAGUUGAUGGAGAUAACUAGUGGGUUUUCUCGGCAGAACAUAAUCGGUGAGGGCGGGUUUGGGUGUGUGUACAAGGGCCAGUUACCCAACGGAAGAGUUGUGGCCGUUAAGCAGCUCAAGGCAGGAAGUGGGCAGGGAGAGAGGGAAUUUAGGGCAGAGGUUGAGAUUAUUAGUCGUGUUCAUCACCGGCACUUGGUCUCUUUGGUGGGGUAUUGCAUAUCGGAGCAACAAAGGCUGCUUAUAUAUGAAUUCGUCCCUAAUAAAACCCUCGAGCACCACUUGCAUGGUAAAGGAAUGCCGGUACUGGAAUGGACUAAACGAGUCAAGAUCGCCUUAGGAUCUGCAAAGGGUCUCGCGUACCUCCAUGAGGAUUGUAAUCCGAAAAUCAUUCACAGGGACAUUAAAUCGGCAAACAUUCUAUUGGAUGAUGCCUUUGAAGCACAGGUUGCAGAUUUUGGACUCGCCAAACUUAACAAUGACUCCAACACUCAUGUAUCUACUCGGGUCAUGGGGACAUUUGGGUACCUGGCACCCGAGUAUGCAUCUAGUGGAAAAUUAACAGACAGAUCGGAUGUGUUCUCGUUUGGAGUCGUACUACUGGAGCUUGUGACAGGCCGUAAACCUGUCGAUGCAAGCCAGCCUUUAGGUGAUGAGAGUUUAGUUGAAUGGGCGCGUCCCCUUCUAAUUCAAGCCCUUGAAACGGGCGAUGUUAGCGAAUUAGUCGAUCAGCGUCUUGGAAAGAGUUACGUGGAGAGUGAAAUGCUCAGAAUGAUCGAGGCUGCAGCUGCCUGUAUUCGCCACUCAGCUCCAAAGAGGCCACGAAUGGUCCAGGUGUUAAGGGCAUUGGACAGCGAUAGUGAGAUGUCCGAUUUAUCCAAUGGGGUCAAACUCGGACAGAGUACGGCUUAUAACUCAGGCCAAUAUAGUCAAGACAUCAUGAGGUUUAGGAGAAUGGCACUCGGAGGCGAUGAUAGCAUGGAAUACGGCACUAGUGGAGAGUACAGCGGGACGAACCCAACCUCAUGGAAGUCACGGGAGAACUCGUUUGAUUACACAAGUGGUGAAUCCGAAACUCGAGCCAUGAACCCUCUUAACUCUGCCAAGAGAUUUUAGGACAUGAAGCUAAAUUAACCGUCUUUUUGUCCAGGUUCUUCCGGAACAUUGUUGCCAGCAUUGUCGAGGAAGGUCUGAGCUGAAAUAAGUGCCUCAGGUUUGUUCAGUAUAAUUGUAUAGGAAAACCACUUUCUUGCUGUCUUAAUAUUGCGUUUUUUCUUUCCCUUGAAUUUAUCAGAGGGAAGUUACCGAGGUAGGUUCGUGAAGGAUGAUCCGAACUUGAGAACGAAUGUUCUCUUUUUGUAUUUGGGAGGGAUUAAUGGGAGAUAUAUAAUGUAUAAGUUACGGAAGAGAGAAUUGGAACUGGUGUAUCGGCUUUAUUUUGACAAGCCUUUGAGAAUGACUUAUAGAUUGAACUUACCAAUUGUUAUUUGUUAUCAUAUCCAAUAUCUAUUGGCA